GGAUCAAGCCUGCAACCUGGGCAUGUGCCCUGACUGGAAUUGAACCAACCACUGAGCCAUGCCAGCCAGGCUAUAUGGUAUUACUCUUGAAGAGCUGCCCCGUGUGGUCCAAGGAUGUGUGGUUACUACUGCUCAACGCCCUUGUUGAACCAGGUUCCAGCAGCCUGAUCCCAGGCUUGGAUUCCAAGGUGACCAUGGAGGCUGGUGGGCUCCCCCUGGAGCUGUGGCGCAUGAUCCUAGCCUACCUGCACCUUCCUGACCUGGGCCGCUGCAGCCUGGUGUGCAAGGCCUGGUAUGAACUGAUCCUCAGUCUCGACAGCACCCGCUGGCGCCAGCUGUGUCUGGGCUGCACCGAGUGCCGCCACCCCAACUGGCCCAACCAACCUGAUGUGGAGCCUGAGUCUUGGAGGGAGGCCUUCAAACAGCAUUACCUUGCCUCCAAGACAUGGGCCAAGAAUGCCCUGGACUUAGAGUCCUCUGUUUGCUUUUCUCUUUUUCGCCGGAGGAGGGAACGCCGUACCCUGAGCGUCGGGCCAGGCCAUGAGUUCGACAGCCUGGGCAGUGCCUUGGCCAUGGCCAGCCUAUAUGACCGCAUUGUGCUGUUCCCAGGUGUGUACGAAGAGCAAGGUGAAAUCAUCCUGAAGGUGCCUGUGGAGAUUGUAGGCCACGGGAAGUUGGGCGAAGUGGCCCUGCUAGCCAGCAUUGAUCAGCACUGCUCAACCACACGCCUGUGCAACCUUGUCUUCAUGCCAGCCUGGUUCUCGCCCUUCAUGUUCAAGACAUCAUCAGGUCAUGUCCAGUUUGACAACUGCAACUUUGAAAAUGGGCACAUCCAGGUCCAUGGCCCAGGCACCUGCCAAGUGAAGUUUUGCACCUUCAAAAACACCCAUGUCUUCCUGCACAAUGUGCCCCUGUGCGUUCUGGAAAACUGUGAAUUUGUGGGCAGCGAAAACAACUCUGUGACAGUUGAGGGCCACCCAUCUGCAGACAAAAACUGGGCCUACAAAUAUCUCCUAGGGCUCAUUAAGUCCUCUCCCAGCGUGCUCCCCACAGAGGACUCCGACUCUUUAAUGUCCCUGGACCUGGAGAGCAGGGACCAGGCCUGGAGCCCAAGGACCUGUGACAUUGUCAUUGAAGGCAGCCAGAGCCCUACCAGCCCAGUGUCCAGCUCCCCAAAGCCAGGCUCCAAGGCUGGCUCGCAGGAGGCAGAGGCGGGCAGCGAUGGGGAAAGACUGGCGCAGACCCCGGACAGCAGCGAUGGAGGCCUGAGUCCCAGCGGCGACGACGAGGACGAGGACCAGCUCACGUACAGGCUGUCCUACCAAGUGCAGGGCCCGCGCCCGGUCCUGGGGGGCUCCUUCCUGGGCCCCCCCCUGCCGGGAGCAUCCAUUCAGCUGCCCAGCUGCCUUGUCCUGAAUUCGCUGCAGCAGGAGCUGCAGAAGGACAGGGAGGCCCUGGCGCUGGCCAGCUCGGUGCAGGGCUGCCUCAUCCGCAGGUGCCUCUUCAGGGACGGGAAGGGCGGCGUCUUCGUUUGCUCCUACGGCCGAGCCAAGAUGGAAGGAAACAUCUUCCGGAACCUGACUUACGCGGUGCGGUGCAUACACAAUAGCAAGAUCGUCAUGCUCAGGAACGACAUUCACCGCUGCAAAGCAUCAGGCAUCUUUCUUCGCUUGGAGGGUGGAGGCUUGAUCGCCGGCAACAACAUUUACCACAACGCGGAGGCCGGCGUGGACAUCCGGAAAAAGUCCAACCCGCUCAUUCUGUGUAAUCAGAUCCACCAUGGCCUCCGCUCUGGCAUCGUCGUCCUUGGCAAUGGGAAAGGCAUCAUCCGGAACAAUCAAAUCUUUUCAAAUAAGGAGGCUGGCAUUUACAUCCUGUACCACGGAAAUCCAGUCGUGAGCGGGAACCACAUUUUCAAGGGUCGUGCAGCCGGUAUAGCUGUGAAUGAGAAUGGCAAAGGCCUCAUCACAGAAAAUGUUAUCCGUGAGAAUCAGUGGGGAGGUGUGGACAUCCGCCGUGGAGGGGUCCCUGUCCUCAGGAGCAACCUCAUCUGCUUUGGCUAUUCAGAUGGUGUUGUUGUGGGAGAUGAAGGCAAAGGACUGAUAGAAGGAAAUACCAUCUAUGCUAAUAAGGGCUGUGGUGUGUGGAUGAUGUCGUCCAGCCUGCCCCACGUCACCAGCAAUCACGUCAGCUACAAUGGCCUGUAUGGAGUGGCAGUGUUUAGCCAGAAGGAGGGCUCUGGGGACUUCCCUGGGGGCCAUGGGGCCCAGGAGAACUUCAGUGAGGAUGGGGAUGCCAUCCUCUGGGAGACAGAGCUAGAGAAGGACGACGACCCGCUGCGCCAGCCCGUCUCCAUAGCUCUUGUGGAGUCUAACAGUAUUAAUCACAAUGGAGCCUCAGGACUCUACGUCCAGAGCAGUGAGGCGCUGCACGUCAUCACCAACGUGAUCCAUGCUAAUGGGGACAGAGGCAUCACUGUGGCCCAGAGCAGCCAGCUCACCCGUGUGGCUAACAAUAGCAUCUCCUGCAACCGCCAGAGUGGGGUCAAGGUCGAGGCCCAGUGCAAGGUGGAGCUCCGGGGCAAUGGUAUCUAUGACAACAGAGGCCAUGGCAUCAUCACCAAGGGUGACAGCACUAUCGUCAUUGAAAACGACAUAAUUGGCAACCGGGGCAGCGGGCUGCAGCUGCUGCCCAGGUCAGACACUAAGGUAAUAAAAAACCGCAUCCAUUCAUUUCGGGCCUAUGGCAUCGCCGUGCGGGGUCGCACCAAGGCUCUGGUGCAGGAGAACAUCUUCUUCCAGGGCAAGACCAACAAGACCAUCUUUCAGCAGAUCUCAAACAAUCGAGAGUGCAUCAUGCAAAACAACAAGUUCUUGGUCUUCAAGAAAAAGUCUGAUACAUGGCGGCUGGUGAACCCACCAGCACGCCCUCACCUUGAAAACUCUCUCCGAGGCCCCUCUGCAGCCCACAGUGGGCAGAAGGUGACAGCCUUGGCGACAAGGAUCACAGCCCGUGUGGAAGGCUCAGGCCCUGACAGUGCCCAGCUAAGAGAUGAGGCCUUCGAGAUGGAAGCGGUGUCUGAGGAGACUCCAGGUCCUUCUCACCACACCCCUGAAAAACAAGCUCCUAGGCUUCCUGGGGACUAAGAACAAGGUACCUCCACAACCCUUCAGCUCCACCACCUUCAAAAGGCACUUGGAAGUGUUUUUCAAGGAGAAAAGGAACACACAUUGGUGGGUUUCCAGUCACUCCAGCUCCUGUAGAGAUUAUGAAGAGUUGAGGGGAAUCAGUACUGAAGCUUCAGUCAGGUUUUUGUUUAGGGAACUGUGUUUUACAUACCAAACCCAGGCUCUUCUCAGGGAAGAGAUUUACUCCUAAGCGAGGGAAGUAAUUCUAGUGAGGUGGAAAGAGACAGCUGCUCCAGAAUUUUCCCCUUUCCUAGACUUCUCCCUCUCUGUCCCUCCAGGGACACCGCCACCCCCUCCCAGCUGCCCGCAGGGGCAGGAGGAGUUGAGUUUGGUUUCCUUAAGGGCAUAGAAGUCUUAGACUUAGAAUGGGCCUAUGAGGGAGGAAGGGGCUUGGGACAGGCAGCCCCUCCUGAAAGGCUGAUCUAGGGAUGACACAGGCAUGCCAGAAACAGGAGAGGCAUGUUGAGAAGGCUUCCUUGCAGUGGCUCAGGUGCCAGGCUGGGCAGUGCAGGGACACACACAACUCCCCUCUACCCUCAAGAAGCUCCCAAACUCAGGAGGAUGUUAGCUUGGUGCCUGCUGCACAAGGAUUCACAUCUCACAGGCACAGCCACACCAGCUGCCCCUCCUGGGCACAGACUGGUGGCAAUGCAGGUGCCUACAGCCCCUCAUGUGUGUCCAUGUUUUCUCAUGGAUAACCACCUGCCUUUGCUGACCCUUAUGGUUUCCACUCUGUGCCUUGGCUCAUGCUCUACCCCCUCCUGGCCUGCCCUUCUCUCUCUGCACAUGUCCAGGUCCCACCCAUUCAAGUGUAGCUCAGACACUGCCAUCUUCACAGAGCACUCCCCUCCCUCCAGAUGACAAUGCUCUUCCCCCGCUGAGCCCUCCUGCCCUGUCUCUGCUCCCUCAGGUACUGAGCACUUACUGCCUUGGUGUUACCCAGGUCCAUCCCUGUCCCACUCACCUACAUAGGGCCCUGUCUCACUGUCCCCAGGCCUGGGGUAAGGUCUAUAGCCUGAAUGGGGGGAGGAAGGCCAGGUCCCAAAGGGCUUUACUGAACUGUACUGUCAAGGUUCCAGGUGGGCUCAGACCCUGCCCUGACUGCUUGAGGAAGGGGGCUGGAUGCAGGACACACUACCUGAACAAUCCCCUCCCACUCAGCCUUUCAUGCGGGGCCUUCACCAGCCUGUUGGGGUCGCUGUCAUGCACCUCACUUAUGGCUUCCCAGGCUGGUUCUGCCAGGCCCUCGGUGCUGCUCUCCCAGGUCAGGUGGGAGGGGCUGGAGGGACCCAGGAGCACUGGCUCCUUGAGGACUUUGGGCACAAGAGCACUGCCCCCUCCCAUCCCCACAUUGUCCUUUGCACUUCUCUAGUGGCCCCAAUGUGAGUCGCUGUACAAAAUGCUGCCUUUAUUUUGUAAGAAAUGACUUUUCUGUGAACCAAGCGCUUAUAAAAAUCUCAGCAACUAAAAUAAAGUUCUAUAUUUUAAAAGAGGCA